AUGACUGAAUUAGCCCCACAAACGGAGCAUGGUCCAAGCAGAUCGCCUUCUGAUAGUGGCGCAGAGAGUCAACCCAGCACCGGAGUGCUAAGUACAAGCGCUGAGAAGGAUGUCAUUCCCUCGACAGAAAAACGUGAGCUGAAAGAGGAUGAUUGUUAUGAUAAACUAGGUUACUCCUGGCCCAGGUGGAAAAAAUGGUCGUACCUCGUCGCCGUUGCUUUUGUUCAAGUGUCCAUGAACUUCAACACCUCGGUCUAUCCCAAUGCAGUCAAGCCUCUGUCAGCGGCUUUCGGUAUUGGUGAACAAGAAGCUCGGACGGGUCAAAUGAUCUAUCUUGUUACUUACUCAAUUGGAUGCGAGCUUUGGGCACCCUGGAGUGAGGAGUUUGGUCGUUGGCCGAUUCUCCAGCUCUCUAUGUUCCUCAUCAACAUCUGGCAAAUACCGGCAGCAUUGGCGCCCAACUGGGGUACCAUCGUUGUUGCGCGUGGCUUGGGUGGAAUCUCGACUGCUGGAGGCAGUGUUACUCUCGGUCUAAUCGCCGAUAUUUACGAGCGUGAAACGCAACAGUUCCCGUUGGCCUUUAUUGUGCUAUCCUCCUGUAUUGGUACCAGUAUUGGUGGAGUCAUUGGUGGACCGAUUGAGAGAUACUUGGGAUGGCAAUGGUUCUUCUGGAUUCAACUGAUCUUUGGAGCCGUCACACAAGCCAUCAUUUUCUUCAUGCCCGAGAGUCGCUCAACAAUUCUCAUUGACAGAGAAGCCAAACGACGUCGCGAAACGGGGGAAGAUCCGAAUGUGUACGGACCUAAUGAACUAAAGAACCCUCGUGUGUCGCUCAAAGAGGCGGGCAUGAUUUGGAUUCGCCCCUUCCAUAUGCUUUUGCGAGAGCCUAUCGUUCUUUGCCUGUCUCUACUAUCUGGAUUUUCCGACGCCCUGAUCUUCACUUUCCUCGAAAGUUUCUCAAUUGUCUACGAGCAGGGUUGGGGAUUCGGUAUUCUUGCACAGGCUUGGGCAGUCAUUCCGAUCAAUCUUGCCUACGUCCUCACCUACUUCUCGUACUUUCCUUGGUUCAUGCGAGAUGGGGCUAUUCGCGAAGCCAAGGGUGAUGAUGCUCUCCCGCCAGAGCGUCGCUUAAAGUGGCUCCUAUUCCUUGCCCCGUUCGAGCCGAUCGGUUUGUUUGGAUUUGCCUGGACAUCCCUCGGGCAAGAAUAUGGAGUACACUGGAUCGGGUCGAUGAUAUUUUCCACCAUGGUCGGAAUUGCUAACUACGCAAUCUACCUUUCCUCGGUCGAUUACAUGAUCGCCUCUUAUGGUGUAUACUCCGCCUCGGCAUGUGGUGGAAACGCCUUCGCUCGAGAUCUUCUGGCUGGAAUAUCCGCGAUGUAUGCGACACCGAUGUACAACAACAUCGGAGAUAAGUGGCAUGUCGAAUAUGCUAGUACUGUCCUAGCGUGUCUUUCUUGUCUCGUCGUGGCUCCUAUUUAUGUUUUCUAUUGGAAGGGACCUCAGAUUCGCGAACGAAGCAAGUUUGCUCAGUCGCUACAGGCAAAGCGGAAGGAGAACCACGGCCGGCGAGUUAGUCAAACCAGAGCUGAACCAUGA